AUGUCGUCCGUCUCUGUGCCACCACCUACAUGCCUGCAGAAACCGCUGGCGGUUCCACAUCGCCACAUGUUUGGACCGGGGCCCUCCAACGUCCCUCCACGAAUCCUGGAGGCUGGGGCCAAGCCUGUCAUUGGACACAUGCAUCCAGAGAUAUUUGAGAUAAUGAGUGACAUCAAAAGUGGAAUCCAGUACAUGUUCCAGACUCAGAACAACAUGACCUUAGCGGUGAGCGGCACGGGCCACACUGCGAUGGAGUGCGCCAUCUUCAACACAGUGGAGCCGGGCGACAGCGUACUGAGCGCCGUCAACGGCAUAUGGGGGGAGCGAGCAGCAGAAAUGGCUGAGAGGAUUGGUGCCAGAGUAAAUACCAUUGUGGCGCCCCCUGGUGGCUUCUUCACUAAUGCAGAAAUUGAGCAGGCCUUAUUGAAAUACAGGCCAGCGGUGUUCUUCCUCGCACACGGAGAAUCUUCCACAGGAGUCCUGCAUCCGUUAGACGGCAUCGGACAGCUGUGCCAUAAGUAUAACUGCUUGUUUCUUGUUGACUCUGUGGCGUCAAUUGGAGGAGCCCCUCUGUACAUGGACCAGCAAGGGAUAGACAUCCUAUACACGGGCUCCCAAAAGGUUUUGAAUGCUCCUCCGGGCACAGCACCCAUCUCCUUCAGUGAGAGAGCAUGCCAGAAAAUAUUCAACCGGAGGACAAAGCCUGUGUCGUUCUUCUUGGAUUUGAGUUGGCUUGCGAACUACUGGGGAUGUGAUGACAAGCCGUCAAGAGUAUAUCACCACACAGGCCCGGUCACUGCUUUUUACUCUCUGAGGGAGAGCCUGGCUGUCCUUGUUGAAGAGGGUCUGGAGAAUUCAUGGGAAAGACAUGAAAAAGUGGCAGAGUAUUUCCACACUGGCCUAGAAAACAUGGGUCUCAAACUCUUUGUCCAAGAAAAAAAAGCAAGACUGCCCACAGUUACCACCAUUGUUGCUCCUCAUGGAUAUGACUGGAAAGAGAUCACAACGUACAUCAUGAAAACACAUAAUUUAGAGAUUUCUGGAGGGCUGGGACCAUCAGUUGGCUUGGUGCUGCGUGUGGGAUUAAUGGGAUGUAACAGCAGCAAGGCCAGUGUUGACAUGGUGCUGGCAGCACUGAAAGACGCCCUGAAACACUGCCAUAAAAGCAAAGUGUAA